CUCCCUCCCUCCAUUUUGCCAGAACGCUUCCUCCUCUUCCCUCACCCAUUUGAUGCCACCUCCUGCCUCGCCGUCCUCAUCUCGGGCGGCGACAAGCAGGUCCCUGCUCCUCCUCCACCACUAGCACCAUCGCCAAGGCUGACACACAUACGGUGGACUUUCAACAAUGUCUUCGUUAAUCCUCAAUCCAUUCCAGCUCCUCGAGCUCAACAUCAUCUCUGCCCAGGACCUUGCCAAGGUGACCCGCUCCAUGCGCACCUACGCGGUCGCUUGGGUCCAUCCUGACCGCAAGCUCUCCACCCGGGUCGACUCCCACGGUCGUAACAGCCCCACAUGGAAUGACAAAUUUGUGUUCCGUGUUGAUGACGAGUUCCUCACGUCGGACACAUCGGGGGUGAUGAUUGAGAUCUAUGCAGUGCACUGGUUCAAGGAUGUGCUCGUGGGCAGGGUCCGCGUUCUCGUGGGCAACCUUGUUCCCCCACCGUCCCGGCCUUUCAGACACCAACAACACCAUGGGAUGCGCUUCGUGGCCCUCCAAGUUCGGCGCCCCUCAGGCCGCCCCCAGGGGAUCUUAAACAUCGGGGUGGCUGUUCUCGACAGCUCCAUGAGGAGCAUGCCGCUGUACAGGCAAUUGAGCGCCUCCGCGGUCGGGUACCUCGACCUUAUGGGAGAGCAGAACCCGUACUACCAUAGUAAUAAUCAUCAUACGCAGCAGCAGCAGCAGCAACAACAACAAACCAAUCAACAAAAGGAUCAACAGCAUGAGCAGCAGAAACAGAUACUACCAACUGCGAUCGCUAAACCCGAGCUAAGGCGUACGAAGAGCGAUACGAGUUCAAUGCAUGCAGUCAAGACCCUGAAGAGAAAGGUGUCAUUCCGUGAGAAGCCGAACUCGGUGAUCAAUGCCUCAGAGGCUGCUUCUUCUGUCCAGGACAAACCUAGGAGGGGUUCUAGCUCCAUGCCCAGCUCCUUGGUGAAUGCUUCAGCUUCAGCUUUGGCAUUCGCAAGCCCAGGAGGGAAGGGCAAAAAGGGGAAAGCAGCUAACAAUGCGGCGAACAAGGGGUCAGAAGUUGCAGCAGUUACCACGAGUACUCCGGCGACAAACCGGUCCAAGGGGGGCCAGAAGGCGGAUCUUUCUAUUGUUGGCCCAAACGCUCUCUCGGCGAACAAGAAAUGGGUAAAGAGGCCAGAAGUUGCAGCUCUUGGCCCGAGUCAGCCCACGGCGAACAAGUCGAAGUGGGUGUCAAGUGCAGCUGGUAGCCCAAACAAUCCUUCGGGGAUCAACAAGGCGAAGUUGGGGCAGAGGCCUGCCACUAGCAUUAACGGGAAGCCAGUCCCGAAAAAUCUUGCACUGGAUUUCGAAGCUACGAACAAGCCUGGGAAGCUAUACAUCACGGAGUCAGAGCUGGGGCCCUCGCCGUCGGAGGUGGCCGCCGCGGUGGCAGCAAAACUGAAGUACCAACGAAUGCAACUAAAUGACGGGGAGAGCUCGGCAGUAGGGGGCUGGAGCCUGGUCGAGAGCGAGGAGGGCCUGCAGUCGAAACUGGAGAGGUGGCGGAUGGAGCUCCCACCUGUGUACGAUUACUCGAAGUCGACUGUUCCCCUGUCGAGUGGGAUGGAUAACACAGACAGCAAGCUGAGCAGCGGUGGCGGCAGGUUGGGCAAGCUCCGGCACUCCCGGAGGCACACCGACGGGGGAGCCACCGGAGGAGGGGGGCUGUUCUCUUGCGUCAGCAACAUUUGUGGGUGUGAGUGUUCCAUUGUUUGCGGGAAGGACUCUCCAGCAUUAGAAAGAUGAAAACAAAAUGUGUGACAUUUGCAUGAGCAGUUGGGUCGGAAAUCACGAGGGUUUAAUCAAGUAAUUUGAUGGUUGUGACAUAGAAAGAUACGAUGAUCAUGUUAAUUAGACCAUUCUUUCGCUUUGACUCUAUUGUAUUUAUCUUCUUCU